ACCAUCAGCUUCCACAUUGAACCUGAAGUCUUCGGAUAUUCUCGCAAGACCUUUCUAAUGGGAUCAGAUGUUCGGCAACUUGCAAGCAUGAGGGAACUUAGUGGAACUUGCAUUGCUGUGUACCAAAGGUAAAAAAAAAUUCAAAUUUUCCAUUACAUAUCAUUGCUGCAAGUAUGGUUGCUGAAAGUAUUUUAUUUGGUGUAAAUGCUUGAUAGGUAUCUCUAUGAGCAGUUGAUUGCUUAUAAAAUGGUAGACAUGGUUGCAUUCAUUGACCCUUCUCUAAUUGGUGCAAGUGGGUCUGGGAAUAGAACUGUUAGGGCCCAACACAUUAGAGAUAGGCUUGUAACUGCAAAACCAGGACAGAUGUUCAUGUUGCCAUAUAACUCGGGGUAAGUCCAUGAAAGUUCUGUUUUUCGUAUAUUGUUUGCAAUCAAUUUGUGCCAUGUUGAACAUAUAUUCUAUUACAAGAUAUAUGACUAUUUUGUAUGCAUGUAGUGAUCAUUGGAUGUUGACAAUUGUUAAUCCGAACCAAGGCACUGCCUAUUUUUUGGAUCCUCUGAAAAGACGCUUACCCACCGGAGAUUGGAUGUCUAUAGUGGAAACUGCACUAGGUAUGUAUAAUUCUGAAAGGAAGAGGAAAGGCCGGAGUUCAGUUAUGUGGAAAAAUUUGGCUGGCAUACCUCCCCAACCUAGCAACAAGGAGUGUGGGUACUUUAUCAUGCGAUACAUGAGGGAUAUUAUUGAGGAUAAAGACCUGUCAUUAUUUCUUGUAAAGUGGGAGAGGAGAGGUAGCAGCCACUAUACCCAAGCAGACAUUAAUCAGAUGCGAAAUGAGUGGGCAAAGUUUGUGGUAAAGGCGUAUGUGUAG